AUGCUCAGGCCAAGAGAAAUCGCCGAGUCAAAGUCUCUCUCGCGUCUCCUUAUCAAAAUCAAUCGUUCGGCAUCCUCCUCCGCUUCUACCCCGUCCACUACGCUAUCUUCUCCCGCUUCUUCUGCAUCUUCCUCUGCAUCUUCUGUGUCUCCGUCGUCUCCGUCAUCCUUGUCUUCUCCUCAUUCGGCCGCUGCAUCUUCUCUCUCUUUGAAUGCGGACGUCGUGAGAGACAAAGAGGCGCCGCACGCUGGGCAAGCCGAGAGAGGUCCGCCUAGGAGUGAAGGUGAGACGAGCGAGCCUGCAGCGACAGGGCUUGCAGGCGAAGGCAGCGAACCGGAUAGCAACGGAGCGGAAGACGGAAGGGACCAGGCGACAGACGGAACGGACACCUCCUCUCCAGCAGGAGAACCGCCCGUCGAACACGGAGAGAACAAACACGGAGAGAACAAGAAACAGGCAGAGAAGGAAAACGUCGCGAUGGGAGGCGAGAGCGAAACCGAAGUGGCAAGCGCCGGCUCAGUGAGGAGCAAAGACGAAGAACACACGCGAACGAGAGAAGCCGGUCUACGACGGAAACCACACGUUUCUCGCGUCGAGCAAGCAGUCCCGAAAUGUCAAACGCAUGCAGAGCAUGCACAGGAAGAAGUCGUCGGCGCCGUUGGGAUCGUCCAGACUGGCCUCGGAGCCCGCAUUGUCCAGCAUCUUCCUCUCAUGGCUGCUCUCCUAGGCCUUCCUUGUCUCAUCUUCAAACGGGAAAGCACUGCCCUAUGCGACAUUCUCGGCCUUCCCAGCGUUGCGGCGUUUGCCGUCCGCGCCCCCCGCGAUUCACGUCGCUCUCAGCUCUCACUUUCGUCGCCGUCUUGCUCGUCUUCUUCCGCUCUUCCUGCUGACUCUCCGGCGAUGGCAGCCUGCCCGAGCCCUCGCCCCGAUGCGUGCGCAGCUCCUAGCUUGAAGGCUUCCCUUGCAGCUUUUCUUUCGCUUUCUGCGUCUUUGGUCUACCCGACGUCCUUCCCGUUUUUUCUGCCUCGAUUGCACCCGCCAGGCGUCCCAGCCGCGGCGCCCCGCUUGCCGCGCGGGCGUGGCGCGCGGAGACCGGAAGGCCCGUCCGAUGAGUGCGUUUUUUCGCCUGCGUCUUCUGGUCUUGAUGGAGCGGAGACGAAGACGGAAGAGACAAGGCACGCGGUCGAAACGCUGGGGACACGAAACGACGUCGACGAGGACGGAAAGGGAGAAGAAGACGGAAGACAGGACGGUAGAGAGGACCUGGGGAAAGGGCUCCCCGCUGCUGGGACGUUUCGGUCCGGCCCAGGGGUAUCGGCUGCUUGCGCGCGGCGUCUGCGGAUCGAGACCCGCGGCUGGCAGCCUUUUCUCGGGACGUGUCUCGCGACAUCCUUCUGUGAUGCUCGCGAUGCAGAGGCCGGGAACAAAAAAACACGGCGGGAGACCAGGCGCCUCAAACGGCGCGAGAGAAGGCGACUCCUGUUUAAAAAGGCGAAAGCAAGGAAAGAAGAAAAGAAGCCUAAGGCCGGCCAAGAGAAGGAAUGA